AUGACUCGCUGUGUUGAAAGGGUUGGUCUCGGCGCCACCGAGCUGCUUUUCUGUGUGUUAGCCCUUUUUCUGAUGUACGUGUCACCAUGUGGACUGACUAUUGCUAGUUUUCUUCUUACCGGAGGCAUUUUUGUAUGCUACUGGCUAAUUCGAAGAGCAAGAGCAAGAAGGAUUGAUGCACAAGGGAAAUAUGUACUCAUUACAGGUUGUGACACAGGUUUUGGAAAUAGUCUUGCUCGACUCCUUGAUAGCAAAGGUUUAAAGGUAUUUGCUACAUGCCUUUCUGAACAAAGUGAAGGAGCAAAACUAUUGAAGAAAGAUGGAAGCAAGAAUAUGCGUGUUUUACAGCUGGAUGUCAGUUCGGAUGCGAGCGUUCUUGCCUGCCUUGAACAGAUCAAGCCCAUAUGUUUUAAAGAAGGUUUGUGGACCUUGGUAAACAAUGCUGGGAUAAUCUGCAAAGGCGAUGUGGAGAUACAGACCAUGGAAGCGUAUAAGAGAAUUGCAGAAGUUAACUUAUUUGGGGUUGUACGAAUGUGUAAAGCCUUUCUGCCCCUUGUCAGAAAAUGUAAAGGCAGAGUUAUUAACGUCACAAGCGUCCGAGGAUUACAAGCCUUCUGUGGGGAUUCCGGCUAUGUCAUGAGUAAAUUUGGUCUUGAGGGUUUUACCGACUGUCUUAGGCUAGAGAUGAGGAGGUUUGGAGUCAAGGUCAUUCACGUGGAACCCGGAAUGUUUGGGCUCAACACUGGUUUAUUCAAUGAAGAAAACGUUGAACGAUACAAAGUUUUGAGCAAGAAGCUGAUCGAUAAUGUCAGCGAUGAAAUAAGGACAGCGUAUGGGCAAGACUAUCUGGACACAUACAUGCGGGUGCCAAAAAUGCGCCCAGGGUCUUCCGACCAGGACAUCCAACCAAUGCUUGAUGCCUUUGAAGAUGCCAUACUUAGCUGCCGGCCAGACAGUCGCUACCUUGUUGAUGGGCAGAGGGUGGACGGCGACUGUACGAUGGCUCGCCUCAGAAAUGUCCUGCCUGUAUUUAUUAUGGAUCCAUUGUAUUUCUACCUGCGUCCAUUGCCAAAAGAAGCUUUCUAUGCAAGUACAACUUCUAGGCAUUGAAGAAGCUGACGUGCAAAUAAACAUUUGUAAAUGAAUUUAGUUAAUGCUCAGGAGUGCUUAAUAAAGGUAUUUUAUCAUU